AUGCUAGUGUUAAGAUACUGGCCUUUCGGUAUCGUUAUGUGUAAAGUUGUGAAUUAUUCUCAAGCAGUAUCAGUGUUUGUGAGUGCUUAUACAUUAUUAGCUAUAUCUAUAGAUCGAUAUAUGGCAAUUAUGAGACCGCUGCGGCCAAGGAUGGGGAAAACGGCGGCCAAGUUUGUAGUAGCCACUGUUUGGGGCGGCGCCCUGUCUACAGCUGCUCCAAUAUUUGUUGUAUCAAAGAUACAGAGACCAACUGAAUGGCAUAAAUUCUGCAAAGCAGACAUAUGUUUAGAGCAGUGGGAUCGACCUGGUCAGAGCGAGCAGUAUUCUUGUGCUUUAAUGGCUCUUCAGUUUGGGUUGCCCCUUUUGGCUCUGGUAUGCACAUAUGCUCGAAUAGCACAUGUAGUUUGGGGAGGUCGACCGCCCGGUGAAGCGCAAACAGCGAGGGACAUACGAAUUCAACAUUCGAAAAGAAAGAUACUGUGGACCAUUCAUGAAAGCGACGAGAGCUGGGCCACUUGGCCGGGAAUGCCGUAUGUGUGGUUCCUGAGCCAUUGGCUGGCUAUGUCACAUUGCUGUUACAACCCUAUUAUAUACUGCUAUAUGAACACCAGAUAUAGAAGAGGAUUUAAACAGAUACUAAAUAGCAUUUUGCCAUCGAGACUUGAUCAACCAUUGAGGUCUAGACAUCGGUCCAGUAUGUGUGAAGGAAUGCCCAUGUCAGAAUUAGUAGGUAUGAAUGGGGUAACACGUCGGACGAGCAGUAGUUUGACAAGAUUGCAACGAGCUCCAACCUGCACAUCCAUGACUUCAGUCCGUCGUGGUAAUUCCGCAUCUAUUUCAUCUGCACGUCUAUAUACAGCCGCACCUCCUGUCCGAGCACUUUCAGUGAGAACUCAAUUCCAUUAA